AUGAACAUAAUUUUGACCGUUGGAGGACGUAUCUGUACUGUCUGCUUACCACGUUCGCGUGUUACCGCUACUGCUGAAAAAAUUGAUAAGUGGAAGAUACUUGCACUACAAGUUCUUCUUCCUACUGUGACAGUGAGCCCAUUGUAUUCGAUUUUUGAUUUCCACUAUGUCGUAGAUCAUGACCGAGUUUCGCUGUCUAGCACCAAUGCAAAUUACGAUAAGAGCCAUACUUGGGCACAGAAUUGCGUCGUAUUCAUGAUGAUCGUGCAGACAGAGUGCGUAGCUGUCAAAAAGCUGGGUAAUUCUCUGUCGCACAACAAGUUCUGGUUGAAUCUUCUGCUGUUUCAAAGAAGUUUCAGGAAAAUGGAAGGAAAAUGUGGUUCGACUGAGUAA